AUAAGGGCCCUCGUACACUUGUCGUGGCCGCCGCCGGCAUUUCUACUGCUGUCUCUGAGGCCAUGGCCGCCAAGUGGGCACAGAAGACCGUCGUCGUCCCUGCUCAGAGGCGCGGAUGCCAUCUCAUCACCCCCAAGAUUGUUGAAGAGAUACAACAAGAUUUGUCGGGCUUCAAAUGCGGCCUUGCUCAUCUUUUCCUGCAGCAUACAAGUGCUUCUCUCACCAUAAAUGAGAAUUAUGACUCUGAUGUUCAGAGCGACACUGAAACAUUUCUGAAUCGGAUUGUGCCAGAGGGUCGAUCUGCACCGUGGAAGCACACAUUGGAAGGUGAGUAAACGUGAAAAUUGCAGCCUCCCAAUUUCAUUAACACCCAAUACUGAAAUAGCCUUCUUUCAUCUCUGGCAAUUGCCAGAAAAAUCAGUAUCAGCUGAUAAAGCAGUUACGA